AUGGUUCAUGAUCCUAGAAUCACAACGUUGCUGAGUCGCCUUGGAGGACUAUACAGAGACCCUGCUCGAGUGGACCGAGAUGCCAGCAGUCUUUUGAAGAGUUCCUUAGGUGUUCAUCUCAUUCCUGGAAUUGCCCCAUUGGUGGAAAAUAAUGGUGACACGUCCAAUUGUCUAGUGCUACAAGGAACGAUAGCUAUUGUAUUUCGAGGGACAACCUACCAACUCUUGGUGGACAUAUUCUUGCCUCCUGGAUAUCCGCGACGCCCUCCUGUUUCCUAUGUUCGUUUGGCGCCGAAUAUGUAUCUUAAGGAAAACCAUCCUCAUGUAGGCAGUGACGGAAUGGUAUAUCUUCCUUAUACCCACGAAUGGAACCCUCGGACUCACAGUCUCAUUGAAAAGAUAGUGGCAAUGAGUAGUGUAUUCUCAGCAGACCCACCAGUAUUUUCCAGGUCGACACCCGCCCCAGCACCUGCCCCUGCGCCCGCUCCUCCGCCAUCUCCACCACCGCCACUGGCAUACAAUGCACCAAUGACAAAUACCUACAAUCCCUCUGGUAAUUACGUUUCGCCAUCCACAUCACGGCAGCAAGACUUGGAAUCGGAACGGUACAUGCAAGAGCAAAUGGAUCUGAUUGCUGCCCAAGAAGCCUCCGAAAAGGAACAAGCGAUCGAGGCUGCGAAAAGGGCAGAGCAAAAUCGUCUACAACAGAUCGCCGCUCAACAGCAAUGGGAAGAAAAGAAGACCGAGGAUUUGAGACAGCGAUUGAACCAAAAGAUUCAAGCGCAUAUGGUAAAUCUUGCCCAUGAGACAAAAACAAGUGUACAAUCCGAUUGGCAAGAUGAGGAAAAGCUAAAGAAAUCCAAAGACACUAUAGAGAGUCAGUUGAAACAGUUGGGGACUGCAGAUGAGCAACUGACGGCGGCCAUUGCUACGAUUGAUGCCAAGACGGCAGAGGUCAAGGAUUUUCUUGAGGUGAAUGGAGAAUCAAAGGAAGAGGAAAUUAGCGUAGAUGACAUGUGUCAACCAGUAUCGAAGCUUCAUGCUCAAAUGUUGGAGUUGUCAGCAGAGAAUGCAGCUUUGACGGACGCUUUGUACUUUGUGGAUCGCGCGAUGUACAUGGGUCAAAUGGACUGCACAACUCAUCUCAAAUCAGUCCGAAAACUAGCGAAACGCCAGUUUUUGAUUCGCGCCCUUUUGAUCAAGAUCAAUAAGGUUGUAUCCAAGAAACAUUAA